AGAGCGCCUCAAAUCUUACCCUUUUACUGUUAUAAAGAAAUAAUAACAAGAUUAUCGCGUAUUUACAAUUUGCAAUUUAGAAUUUACAGACCACCAAGAGGAGAGAGAGAGAGAGAGAGAGAGAGAGAGAGAGAACUUAGACUUGAUCCGAAUGGGUGUUUUGUUUUCACUGUAGAAAUCGCGUAGAAAAUAAUUGAAAAAGAAAAAUCCAAAAACAGGAGGAGGAAGAAGGAAAAGAAUAGCCGUAGUUGAUACUUAAUAUUUGAUGAGAAAGGGGACGCUGUGGUAGCUAAAGAGACCACAAGACAAAGCACACGAUAGUAGAGAUAGAGAUUGUUCAACUUCAUUCGGAUAUAGAUUGGUUGUUCUAAAUGGAUCCAAUGGCUGAAGAGCAAAUAGAUUAUGAAGAUGAGGAAUAUGGAGGGGCUCAGAAGCUUCAGUAUCAGGGAAGUGGAGCCAUCUCUGCGCUUGCAGAUGAAGAACCCAUGGUAGAAGAUGAUGAGUAUGAUGAUCUCUAUAAUGAUGUUAAUGUUGGAGAGGGUUUCUUGCAGAUGCACCGGUCUGAGGCACCACUCCCACCUGGUGGUGUUGGCAAUGGAGGUCUCCAAGCACAGAAAACUGAUGUUACUGAAACAAGAGUUCAAGCUGGUGUCUCUCAGGAAUCAAAAAUUCCUGGGGUUUCAGUUCAAGGGAAGUAUUCUAGUGCUGUGGCCCAGUUUCCAGAACAACAGGAUCAGCCACCAGUGGCUAAGGAGCCAGAACUGGGAUCCACAGGUUAUGUGGGUGGAGCUUCUGGAUCUCAAAAGGGGAGGGCUAUGGAGAUGAGUCAUGAUACUCAAGUCAGACAUAUGGGGUUUCAGGGGUCGACAACUAUGCCCCCAAAUAUCGGUGGUGAUUCUUCUGACAUUACUGGGAAAACUGCUCUAGAGUCUGUUCCGUCUAUGAAUUCUGGCACUGCUGGUCCUACAGGAGUUACACAGAUGCCGACUAAUCAAAUCAGUAUCAAGGUAAAUGCUAAUCGUCCAAUGUUUAAUGAAAACCAAGUCCGGCCAACAGUUGAAAAUGGUUCAACCAUGCUGUUUGUGGGAGAACUACAUUGGUGGACAACUGAUUCUGAGCUUGAAAGUGUUUUAUCUCAGUAUGGGAGGGUCAAGGAAAUUAAGUUUUUUGAUGAGAGAGCCAGUGGUAAAUCCAAAGGAUAUUGUCAGGUUGAGUUUCAUGAUCCAGCUGCUGCCACUGCAUGCAAAGAGGGAAUGGAUGGUUAUCUUUUCAAUGGGAGAGCUUGUGUUGUGGCUUUUGCUUCUCCGCAGACUUUGAAGCAGAUGGGAGCUUCUUAUUUAAGCAAAUCCCAAGGCCAGACUCAGUCUCAGCAACCAGGAAGAAGGCCCAUGAAUGAUGGUGUUGGGAGGGGGGGAGGUGUGAACUAUCAAACUGGAGACACCGGAGGGAGGAAUUUUGGAAGGGGUGGAUGGGGACGAGGUGGACAGGGAGUAGCCAACAGAGGUCCUGGAGGUGGAGGACCAAUGAGAGGAAGAGGAGGGGCCAUGGGCGCAAAGAACAUGGCUGGGAACCCUGCUGGUGUUGGAACCGGUGCUAAUGGAGGCUAUGGACAGGGCCUUGCAGGUCCUGGGUUUGGAGGUCCUGUAGGAGGUAUGAUGAAUCCACAGGGUAUGAUGGGUGCUGGAUUUGAUCCAACAUAUAUGGGCCGAGGAGGCGGUUAUGGAGGAUUUCCAGGUCCUGCUUUUCCUGGAAUGCUUUCUUCAUUUCCUGCUGUUAAUACAAUGGGACUUGCUGGGGUGGCUCCUCAUGUAAACCCAGCGUUCUUUGGCAGGGGAAUGGCAACUAAUGGAAUGGGAAUGAUGGGUUCUUCUGGAAUGGAUGGGCAUCAUGCAGGGAUGUGGAAUGACCCAAGCAUGGGUGGGUGGGCAGGAGAAGAACAUGGUCGAAGAACUAGGGAGUCAAGUUAUGGUGGUGAUGAUGGUGCUUCUGAGUAUGGGUAUGGAGAGGCAAAUCAUGAAAAAGGAUCUGAGCGUGACUGGUCAGGAAACUCUGAGAGGAGGCAUCGUGAUGAGAGGGAACAAGACUGGGACAGGUCUGAAAGAGGGGAGCACAGGGAGCAUAGGUACAAGGAAGAAAAAGAUAGUUACCGAGACCAUCGACAGAGAGAGCGUGAUGUGGGUUAUGAGGAUGACUGGGACAGAGGUCAGUCUUCUUCAAGACCUCGGAGCCGGUCCAAAGCAAUGCCGGAAGAUGAUCAUCGGUCUCGAUCAAGGGAUGUUGAUUACGGGAAGAGGAGACGGUUGCCAUCUGAGUGACACAAUUAGACUACUGACCUUCUCUAGCAUGUCUUCGAGACUGCAGAAUAUAAGUUCUGACCGUUAGUAUAUCUAGCCAUGGGUACCUAUGGUGAAUCUGCAUUCUUCCUGCAAAGGUGGCUUCUUGAGGGAGAAGUAAGUUCUACCAGUGAGCAUUGGAGGGAACGAUCAUUUCCCCCUUGCUUUUAUACUGCUUCUACAAAACAUUUAGCUGUGAUAAUUAAUAUUUGUGUGCUUAAAAACAAUUAGUAACUUUUAGUAGCAUACCAACAAAGAUAUAGCUGUGGGGAAUCGGCUGCUCAUUUCCUGCAGCUGUUAUCUUACAGGUUUAAUAACUAUGCUACCCAAUCUUUCUUCAAGACAAUUGCUUUUUUGGGUUUGUGCUACUUAUAGUUUGAAAACUUCUUGUGUUCUAUGUGAUUGUGGAAGUUCUUUUUCUUGAUUUAUUUUAUCUUUGAGUGGAGGCUAUCCUUGAUUUUGGCUGAAAGGUUAAGAAAGAUGUGAGGUAAUACCCAAAAAGAAAAAGGAGAAGUGAUUGUUUC